UGCCACUUCAACAAAAAUCCCUUUCAUAUGCUCUCUUAAUUCCGCCAAAGUUCUCUGCUUUUUUCACUUUUCUGAAAUAUGGGUCUCUGGGAUUCUUUACUCAACUGGCUUCGUAGGAGGGGCUUAUGGAACUAAGUUAAUGGAUGCGUCAUUUUAGAGUAAUUAAUAGCGUUAGUAGUUAAACCAGUAGCUCUUCCUAUUCUUUAAACAGGAAAUGGAACUUUCCUUGGUUGGUCUUCAAAAUGCGGGGAAGACAUCUCUUGUCAAUGCCAUUGCUACUGGAGGCUACAGCGAGGACAUGAUUCCGACGGUUGGAUUUAAUAUGCGUAAAGUUACAAAAGGAAAUGUUACCAUAAAACUCUGGGAUCUUGGAGGCCAAAGGAGAUUUCGUACGAUGUGGGAGCGCUAUUGUCGGGGUGUCUCUGCGAUAUUGUAUGUUGUUGAUGCUGCCGAUAGAGACAGUGUACCUAUAACCAGAACUGAGUUACAUGAGCUUUUGAAGAAACCUUCAUUAAGUGGGAUACCUUUGCUUAUCUUGGGAAACAAAAUUGACAAAUCAGAAGCUCUUUCGCAGCAGGCGUUGGUCGAUCAACUAGGUCUUGAUUCAAUAACGGAUAGAGAAGUCUGCUGCUACAUGAUCUCGUGCAAGGAUUCUGUAAAUAUCGAUGCUGUUAUCGAUUGGCUAAUUAAGCACUCAAAGACCGCGAAAUGAAGCGCGCUACCAGGCUUCUGGAUGCCUAUCGCGGAGGAUAAAGUAAUCUGGAAAUUAGAAUGUAGUAUUUGAGGGUCUUGAAAUGAUCUGCUAAUGUAUUUUCUGGCUGAUCUUUCUUUGUUGGUUCAAUAUAGCUGAUUACAGUUCUGUGUAAUUUAAGCGUUUAAACAGUCAUAACUCAUACAUCUUUCAUUAUGAAUUUACGUUGUUUGUUGUGCUUCUAAGAUAAUACAUUGGGAUUUUAAUUUUUUAA